AUGUUGGGGGGACCGAAGCAUCUUCUCAUCGCCGCUAUGGCUCUCCUGUCCAUGGGCCGAGCGUCCAGCCAGUGUAUCAGUGGGUCCUACGUGUUAUGGUACCCGUGUGGAACGAUCAGUUCAACGUCGUGUGAUCGAGCUGGACUUUUCUUCCAGAUCAAACGGGAGACCAACUGCGUGUCGUCGAACCCGAUCGUGACAAUCGAUUUCACGGGACCUAUCGUGAGCGGGGGUUAUGCCUCAGGCAGCAGUACAUUGUGGGGGGACGCAUCUGAUGAUCAAUUGAGCCUCACGUUCGACAUGGGCGAGCUCGAUCAGAGAUACUCAGAGUCCGGGGGAUACUAUUACUGGCUUUUUAACCUUUAUCUUGACAACUGCGACACCUCCUACACCUGGGACGACAACUUCGUCCAGCUGUCCUACGUUGACGACGAGCAAAACGCCAUCGACCUGUCCGCAUUUGAGGAUCCUUACUACAUCGAGGAACCGGACACCGGGAUAUGUCCCACUCCUAGCCCGGCCACGCCAUCGCCGGCUACGCCAGCGCCUGUCACCGACGCCACCCCUGCUCCCACGCCUGCCCCAACCAUGCGUGGCGCCUAUUGUCACGGUGACCCGCACUGCCGCACGUUCGAUGGCCUCGCCUUCGACUGCCAUGGAGACGGCGACUUCGUGCUGCUCAACUCGGCGGACACGGGUGCCAUGGUGCACGCACGAUUUGAGCCGCUCGUCAGCCCCGAUGCCUCCUUCACCACCGGCGUGGCCGCAACCGAAGACGGCUCCUCUGUCAUCGAGGUCACCGUUAACGACGGCGAGCGGACCAUCCUGAUCGACGGAGAGCCUUAUGCAUACGAGGGAGGAGACUUCCCCGAGACCAUGACCGGGGUGACGCUCACAGUCACCGACCAGAACGUGGACAUGUUGUUUCCCUCAGGGUUGCAGGUGAACGCCAGGCGCUGGUUCACGGACCCGAACUACAUCGGGGGCGUCUACGUGUACGCGCCCCUCGCCAUGUCUACGGUCGGCGUUCUCGGCACCAACAACGGGAACAUGGCCGAUGAUUGGACGGAUUCCACGGGCGAGACGAUCGGUACCGGGGCGGCGUCCAUCGCCGAAGGGUACAACUAUUGCACGUCCAACUGGCAACCGGAAGUGAGCCUGCUUUCGUCUCCCUCCCGCCGUUUGCGCCGCUUGCAAACCAGCGUCGACGACUACACCGCGCCGGUGAUCCCAGAUGUCAUCCCCACCGACGUGGAAGAGCUGUGUAGAGACAACACCGAGUGCAUCUUCGACGCGAUUGUCGUGGGCCUGGAUGUGGGAGCUGCCACCCUUGAAGCCGGCGACGAGUUCGAGACGGAGGUUGAAGCGGCUGGGGGUGAGCUGCCGACGCCUAGCCCCACUGUCGUUCAAGACCCUACUUCCGAGCCCACGCCCAGCAUCACGCCUAGCCCCACAUUGGAGCCCACUCCCAGCCCCACGGGCAGUCUGGACCCUCCUACUCCCAGCCCCACUAUAAGAGAUGAAGCGCCUCAUACUCCCAGCCCGACUCCUAGCCCUGUGAUAGAAGGCUCCCCUCUUGCGCUUGGGUGCUACGAGGACGACCGCGAAGACCGUAUCAUGGACGACCUCGCUCUUUCCGACAACGCCAUGACAACCGAGCUUUGCGAGCUGACAUGCAACGGUCAAACCUACUUCGCCACACAGUACGGGCGAGAGUGCUGGUGUGGUUCGGCUGGUGCGGACUACACUUUGCACGGGGAGUCCACCGACUGCACCUACGCCUGCGUAGGUGACGCUGACCAAACGUGCGGCGGGUUCGAUGCCGCAAACGUCUACCUUUACGCUGCCGAGAGCACUCCCAGCCCCACUCCUAGCCCCACGGCAGACGACGCUGGUCCUCUUGCACUUGGGUGCUACGAGGACGACCGCGAAGACCGUAUCAUGGACGACCUCGCUCUUUCCGACAACGCCAUGACGACCGAGCUGUGCGAGCAAACAUGCCUCGGCAACAUCUACUUCGCCACUCAGUACGGGCAAGAGUGCUGGUGUGGUUCGGCUGGUGCGGACUACAUUUUGCACGGGGAGUCCGCCGACUGCACCUACGCCUGCGCAGGCGACGCGGACCAAACAUGCGGCGGGUUCGAUGCCGCCAAUGUCUACCUUUACAAGGGCGAGAGCACUCCCAGCCCCACUCCUAGCCCCACGGCAGACGACGCUAGCCCUCUUUCCCUUGGGUGCUACGAGGACGACCGCGAAGACCGUAUCAUGGACGACCUCGCUCUUUCCGACAACGCCAUGACGACCGAGCUGUGCGAGCAAACAUGCCUCGGAAACACCUACUUCGCCACUCAGUACGGGCGAGAGUGCUGGUGCGGUUCGGCUGGUGCGGACUACAUUUUGCACGGGGAGUCCGCCGACUGCACCUAUGCCUGUGCAGGGGACGCUGACCAAACGUGCGGCGGGUUCGACGCCGCCAACGUCUACCUUUACACGGGUGACGACGUGCCUACGACAUCAUCGUUCGUGGGAUGCUACCAAGACGAGUCGGACGCACGCAUCAUGGAACUCGCGUUGACGGACAGUUCUUCCAUGACCAAGGAGAGGUGCGAGGCCGAGUGCACCGGAAACACGUACUUCGGCAUGCAGUACGGGAGGGAGUGCUUCUGCGGAGGGAGUUCAACCGACCUCUUGCAGCACGGAGAGUCAACUUCUUGCGACUAUGAGUGCCCGGGGGACUCAGAUCAAGUGUGCGGAGGAUUCUACGCCAUGAGCGUGUAUUCCUACUCGUAG